GUGGUGCACAUCAGUUAUUUAGGUAUAAUUCCUCAGAUUUCCUCAAUAACCUUUUCAUGAACACACUGAAUGUUGUCGAAGCACUAUUUUCUUCCUGAAGUAAAAAGUAAAUGGACCAAGUAGAAAAAUGCAUCUACAUUCAAGGAAGUAUUGUGUGUUGCAGUAGGAAUGCCCAUGUUGGUCACCUGAAGAGGGGCGUCAGUCAUGGAGAGGCUGAACACAAAGCAACCAGCCAACUUCCUUUAUCAGAAUAAGAUACAUUGCUCUGGCAACCAGGAACAAAUAAAUCAGCAAAAUACACUUAGAAGGAUUUUCCUUGCUUCCUGAUUUUGUGGGAGCCACUCACAAGAGGCAGGAUGCGGGACAUGCUGGAGAGGCUGCAAACCAUCAGUGAGGGGCAAGACGACGACGAGUCAGACUGCUACGAACCUGAGUAUGAUGUAGACAAGGUGACUCUGUCUCAAGAGGCAGUGGUGUUUGAGAAUUCCUCUGACAUUGACAACAUCCUGGGGGAGGCCCACUUAAUAAGAAAGGACAUUUCACUGCUCCAGUCAGAGAUACAGCGUCUGAGCACACACAAUGAACGCUUUGGCACCUCUGUGCGGCGUCUAACCUUGCUCAAAAAGGACUCUGAAUCCAUCGCUAGGGGUAUCCAGCAACGUGGGGAGGACCUUUAUUGCCACCUUCAGGCUCUAGGUAAGAAGAGCGGCCAACUGGAUGAGAAAAAAGGUCCCAAUGCAACUGUGAGUCGCAUUGCCCGAGCUCAGUAUGACACACUGACCCGUGCCUUCCAUGAUGCCAUAAGUGAUUAUAAUAAGGCAGAAGAGAUGCAGAGGCACACAUGUCGGGGGAGGAUCCAGAGGCAGGCCUCUAUAAUGGGAACUGAAAUCACUGAUGACCAGCUGGACGUGAUGGUGGAAAAAGGUGGUGAGGGAUGGGCUGAGCUGUCCCAGAGCCUGGAGACCAAAGAUGCACGCUCGUCCCGCUGGGCAAUGUGUGAGAUCAAAGGCCAACACAAGGAGCUGGUAGAGCUGGAGGUCCGGCUGAAGGAGGUCCAUUCACUGUUCCUGCAAAUGGCCAUGCUGAUGGAGGAGCAGGGAUCCAUGCUUAAUAACAUUGAGGCAAAUGUGUGUUGCACUCAGGAAUACGUUGACAAAAUCAACGUUAACAUAAAGACGGCCAUAAAGUACAAGAGGAAGAAUCCUUUUCAGCAAUGUUGUCCCUGUCUACCCUGUUGGAGACACAACCAAACUCUUUAGGGCUUAUUUUUACAUUGGCCAACUAAGAUGUUAUUGAUCAUUUAAAAGUUAAAUAAACAUUUGCCUGGGUAAGAGGUGAUGGACGGUUGAAAAAAUAUGUUUGUACAUUUUAAAAGGAUGUCAUUUAAAUUUGAAAGGAAAUGUUUAAGCAGCUCACUGACACAAAAUAAAUACUGUUGUAAUAAAUCAAAA